GUCAAAAAAUAGCUAAGUCUAUCACCGGCAAAAUGACACGUUCAUGUUUUUUAUUCUACGUAGAUAUGUAUUUAAUACACGUCAACUAAACACCGAUUAACAUUUUGUAUUCGUCGAGAAAAACAAACGCCGGUUAAACGGGUUUAUCCCCCCCUCAAAGGAACGAAGAGAAACUCCGCGUUAGUUCGUACGCGUGAGCUGGAAAGUAAGGUAACGUUAGCUAGGUAGGCUAAUGUUUAGCUUUAAUCAGGGGAGGUGCGCACUUUUCCGCAACAGUUCAGAUGGCUGUACGCUGGCUAUGCAGCCUGUUUGGGAAGCCCUUUGAUGGUGGGAAGAGGAUGGACCAUGGCGGCCCACAGCAGCAGCAACAUCCCAUGGAGCAGCAGCAGCAGCCGUACCACCCGCAGCAUCCCGCCAUGAUGCGGCUGUACGAGGUGCAGAAGGAGGUGGCGUCCCUGGGCCCUCAGGUCUGCACCUUCAGCGGCCUGCAAAACGACCGCGACUACAAGCGGCUGGAGCGCGAGCUGACGCGGCUGCUGCUGGAGGUGGACCAGGUGGACACGGAGGGCAAGGCGGAGCUGCAGGGGGCGCGCAAGAGGGCGGCCCAGGAGGUGGAGGGCCUCCUGCGCUACCUGGAGGAGAACGCCACCCAUCCGUCCCGCAUGGCCAUCGAGGAGUUGAGCAACGAGGCGCGGCAGCUGGUGGACGACCGCGUGGUGGCGCCCCAGCGCUCGGGCGGCGCGGCGGAGAUCAACGACGAGCUGGUCGACGCCCUGCAGGAGAUCGUGCUGCGGCUGACCCAAGUCAAGACCGAGGGGCGGGUGCCGCUCCGCAAGGCGCGCUACCGGGCGCUGACCCGCAUGUGCGCCGUGCAGGACGUGAUCGAAGGGCGCACGCAGCAGCAGACCCUCUCCCUGCCGCUGUCGGGGGACACCCACGAGGCCGUGCACCGCAUCAACCAGGUGAUGGUGAAGGUGAGCGUGGCGCGCAGUCAGCUGGUGGCCCUGCUGAUGGGCCUGAGCGGCCGGGACAGCUGCACCCACCUGUCCCGAAUCCUCACCGAGAUGCAGGUGGAGCUGGACGCUCUGGAUGUUUCCGGGAACGCGGCCAUCCGCAACUACAGGAAACAGGUGGUGGAGGAGAUUAACGGGCUGCUUAAACAUCUGGAUCUGGAGGUGGAAGGAGACGACACGCGCAGGUACGACUUGGGGCAGAACAACUCCAUCCGGGAGAUCGAGGCGGUGCGAGCUCACGUCUCCCACCUGCGAGACGGUGUCCUGCGGCACUGCAUCAUGGGGGAUCUGAGCUUCAGGCCCAAGGCCGAGCUGCAGAGCCUGCUCACUCACCUGGACCAGGUUGACACGGGCAGAAACCCGUGCAUCCGGGAGGCCCGCCGGCGCACCGUGGUGGAGGUCCAGGCCAUCAUCACCUUCCUGGACCUGCGCGAGGCUCUGGCCCGCCGCCAGCCGGGCCCCAGCGAACACCCGUCGCACCGGGCCGUGUGGCUGGUCCUGGGCAGCCUCUCGGACCUCCAGGCCCAGGCGCUGGGCUUCGAUGGCAAGCGACUCGACAAGAGCUACAUGAUGCUCGAGGAGCUGCUGACCAAACAGCUGCUGGCGCUGGACGCCGUGGACCCGCAGGGCGACGAGACCACCAAGAUGGCGCGGAAGCAGGCCGUGAAGUUUGCCCAGAACAUUCUCAACUACCUGGACAUGAAGACGGACGAGUGGGAGUAUUGAUGCCAUGUUGCUAGACCGGCACGCCGGAUGGGACGUCGCUGCAGGAAAGAAAGGAGCUGAUAAUCUGUGUAAAUUAAAAAAAAAAAAAAAAAAAAAAACUGGUACUUAUCAUUCCACGGGCUUUACAUAUUGACUCAAAUCCCCAGAAUGCACUGCAGCAGCGCUUUUCUUUUGUCUUUGUGGUAGUUGUGGCCGAACCUGAGAAAAACACAGAACUCCUUUUUUUUUUUUUUUU